AUGAAGGAUUGUCUGAAUCUGAUGGCAGCUCUGUCUGAGAACAUGCUGACACUCAACAUGAUACUGAGUGUCUUCUUUAUUCCAGGUACUUUGGCUGGUUGUGGUAUAACACCGCACCUCAGAAUCACUACACCAAGGGAGCUUGAAGCUCUAAGCGGAUCUUGUUUGGAAAUCCCGUGUAUCUAUGACACAGAGGAUAACAGAUAUAACAGCAGCCAACCCAUCUAUGGAGUUUGGAUGAAAGGUGGUUACAUGCCUUAUCCAGAUAUAAUAAUUUUCAAUGGCAGUGGGUCAGUUAACAACUAUUCACUGAAUAUUUCUGGAAACCUGAGAGAGAAAUACUGCACCACUCUGUUUCCUGAUUUAAAGACCAGUUAUGCAGACAGAUACUUCUUCAGGAUUGAGAAUGAGCCGUUUAAAGCAACAGCUUGUGAUGAUCCACUGCAAAUAACAGUUAAAGAUUCUCCCUGGAGUCCCAGCAUUAAAAUCUCUGUUGGAGAUCUGAACGAGCAUCAGUCUGUCAUUCUAAGCUGCUCAGCUGUGACUCCCUGUCCACACUCACCUCCUGAACUCACCUGGAAUCUCCAACAAGACUCUGAGAAAAAAACAGAGAAAAACCCAGAUGGAACCUUUAUAACUAAAAUCCAGGAGACCAUCACUCUGUCAGACCCACUUGAGGGAUACAUCAGAUGUUCUGCCAGAUAUCCUGUCAAUGGAGGAUUCAAGACAGCAGAGACAAAAGUGACUCUCAAUGUUUCAUCUUCCAACAGUCCAUCAGGUUUGCUGUCAGCAGGUAGCUGGAUGGAGCUGAGUUGCUCCAGCAGAGCCAAGCCUCCUGCCAGCUUCAACUGGUUCUGGAACGACACAAAUGUAGUCAUGAAUGUAGCUGAGAGAGGAGAGUGUUAUAAGGCUAUAAAUCAUCUAGGAAACAAUACAUUGUCAAGGACCUGUUUUGAUGAUAAAGAUGCUCCCAGAAACACCUCAGCAUCCAUCAGUCCAUCAGGUUUGGUGUCAGCAGGUAGCUGGGUGGAGCUGAGCUGCUCCAGCAAAGCCAACCCUCCUGCCAACUUUACCUGGUUCAGGAACACCAAAAAUGGAACCAAAAAGGUAGCUACAAGUGACUUUUAUAGCUUCAGGGCCACUGAGGAUGGAGAGUAUUACUGUGAGGCUACAAAUGAUCAAGGGAAUCAGAGAUCAUCAAUCCUCUUUCUUAGUGUUAAAGAUAAUGCAGUCUUUGGACUCCAUAUUAUACUGAAGAUCUUGGGAACUAUUCUGCUCUGUAGUACGGUUGUCAUCUUUGAGUGGUGAGAUGAUCCUCUAUUUGUUUAUACUUUGCAGCUUAAGUUAUGUAGUGGUGUUUAAAUUAAGCUUUAUCUUCCAGCUGGUUCAGAUUC